AUGGGCGUGUCGAGCACCGCGCGCCUCCCCAACCUCUCGGCCCAAUCCAUCCCCGCCCUCUUUACCCACAUCCAGACGGCCUCGGGCGCACGCGUCGUCACCCGCUGGACCAUCACCAUCAGAUCCUUUCGCGCAGUACCCGUCCCCGCCAGCGCCUACCCUCGCGACGACGACGACGCCAGUGGCACCAGCAGCACCGCCAACCACGCAUCCGCCGCCGCCGCCAAUGCCUCCUCGUCCUCCUCCUCCGCCUCGCCAGCGGCCGCGGCAAACGACGGCGGCCCUACCCCCAUCACAAAACCCAGGACCAUGUGGCACAUCUGGAUCUCCGACUACCCCGGCCUCGUCUUUGUCCUGAUCGAAGACAGCGGAAAGCUGAGCAGGGCAAAGGUGUGGAGGGAGUGGGAAGUCAGGAAAAAGGCAUGGCGCAAGGAUCGCAGGCAGCACCUCCGCCAAGAGUCCACAAGGCGCGCACAACAGGCCCAGCACGCACACGACGACGCCAGCGCAGCAACGGGAGCAGCAGCCACGCAUCAGGGGCCCAGUAUCAACGACGCCGACAGCGCAGCGCCCGCAGAUACCCAGCCGCAACCGCAAUCAGCUUCCCAGUCCGACCCUGCCGCGGCGCAAUCCACCGCUUCAGCCGCUGCACCGACACCGGACGCCUCUUCCGCACCCGCAUCGCAGUCUCAGAGCGUUGCGGUCAGUAUCACCAGCCCCGAUCAGGGCCAGCCUGUCGCUGCUGCUGCUGCUGCCACCGCAGACGACGACGUGGUCAUGGUCGACGCCGCCAGCUCGGCACAAGGCCGCGCCGGCCUCGGCAGCCACACGUCGAGCCCCAAACCGCCGUUCCGCCUGCCCUCGCACACCCGCCUCACGCUCUCGGUGCUCUCGGCCUCGCUGCCGGCGCUCCUCUCCAAGCUCAACCUGCCGCCACCCCACGGCGCACCCGUAGGCACCGCCGGGCCUGGAGCCUGGGUCCCGCGAGGCGCAGCAGUGAGCAUCGAAGGGCUUGUCCUCGACAUCGGCCACAUGCCCGCCGCUGCCGCCGGUCCGAUCGGCGGUCCCGCUGAUUCCUCGGUCAUGCAGAGCAGCAACUGGCGCGUGCGCGUCGGCGGCGUCGUGGGCGGAGGAGGUCGGAGCGCGGGCGCCGUCAUCGAGGCCGAGUUUCUUCCGCUCGAGUCCGGCACGCCCGGGACUGGCAUGCUCACCGACUUUCUCCAGGCCCUCCUGCCGCCCAACAUCGGCAUGCUGACGACGUCGACGAUCGGAGGGACCGGCCAGGGCGGCGCCAGCAUGUCUACGGCCGGCGGCGGUGGCGUCCAUGCGCGCGGUGGUCUCGCGGCGUCGGGAGGCAUGCCGGGCUACGGCAGUCGAUCCGCCAUGGGCGCCGGCAUGGCCCCUUUGCCAUUUCCCGGGUCCAACGUGGGUAUGAUGGGCGGCGGCGGCGUCAAUCCGGCCCGGCCGUCCGCGGCCAGCGCAUCGCAGAGCGGCUCGGUGACGGUACCCGUCAUUUCGGACCAGCUGUGGGAGGAGGUGGUACCACGCAGCGGGGCGGAAUGGCGGCGCAUGAUAGAGCGCCGUUCGCUUGUGGACGAGGCUCAGAGGCGGCAGCGGAAGCGGGAUCGCGCUGCGGCUGCUUCGGCCCAGCGCGCGGAGCAGGGCGAUAGUGGGCUGGCCAAUGACGGGGCAUCGGAGAUCGACAUGAUGGAUACCGACGACGAAAACGGAGCGCCACCCGGCUCAGCGACGGUCGGCGUGCCCGCGGAAGACUCGGACGAAGACGACGAUAAGCCGCUCGGUCUUCUUACUGCCCAAGCGCAACAGCAGCAGGCCGCCGCCGCCGCUGCUGCUGCUGCUGUCCUUCCAGCGAAGCAGGACGACGGCGUGCGUCUGCACUUUCAGGGUCUCCAGGCCGGUUCGGACUCGGCUGCGCAGAGCGACAAGGGAUGGGGCGGCGUCGAGCGAGGGCGCAGGAUGGCCUUCACCUACGUCCAGAUGCUGCGUGCAGAGGGGUUGAUCUGA